AUGGCAGCCGAUCUGCCGGGCUACUACUUCGAUGCCUCCAAAAACCGCUACUACAAGAUUACAGCCAAUCAUGUUGCUCAAGGUUCAUCUACUACCAGGACAUCGAAGUAUUCCCGUCAAGCAGUGCGAGCGGAGAAGGCGCUAAAGCAAUCCGCGCAGCGUGAGGAGUCGCUCAAGGCAUCCAGAGAUGCCGUUACAGUGAAAAGGUCAAAGCUUCUGCAGCAUCCUCUUCUGGACUUUGAAGCACGACUGGGAAAUCGGAAGAAAUGCCCAGCUGGCGUUGCGAAAGAGUUCUAUGGAGCUAGCCUCAGCAACAGACCGGCUAUUCAUCCCAACCCGUUCACAAAUCAAGUUGGACUAGCACCAUUCUGUGAUAAGUUUUCGGUGGACGAGGAAACUGGUCUUCUCUCCACCCUACUCAAGACUCGAGGAGCCCAUGAGACAGGUUCGGUUGGACUGUUCCAAGCAGCGUCUGAAGAGUCCGAGUUUCUCUAUCCGCAAGGACAGGCUGUAGCGAAUCUCUUUGAUACUACCCAUGUCGACCAUAUCCUAUCACUUGGGCGGGCGUCGCACGGGCUGAAUGUGUGGGCCUAUCGAUCUUUUUCUUCAAACAUCCGCGGCCAAAUCCAGAGCCGAUGCUCGACUACUGUAAUUCGUCUUAACAUCCUCGAGAAUGGGGAUUUGGAUAUUGAAGGGGUAGCGACAACUUAUUCACCCCCGGCGGAAGCUCUUGGCCUGGCUGCUACACCCAGCCACACUGGAUUUGCCGUGGCGGAUGAAGACGGUGUAACAAUCCGGUCACUGACAGGAGGAGGCAUUACUCAGUCGUUACGGCGGAACCCAGAAGACAGCAAGCCUACAUCAGUCUGGUUCAAAGACGACAAUGUCCUCCUUUUUGGCGCACGGAAUGGAUCGCUGAGGUUCGCCGAUGUGCGUUCCACGACGAAAUUCGAGGAGUCAGUUCUGCGAAUGGAACACGACUCAGCCAUCAGCCAUAUUCGAACAAUCGGACCGCACCAAGUCCUCGCGCACGGCCUGAUAUCGACAUCUCUUUACGAUCUACGCUGGUGUGCAGCGCCGAAAACUGGCAAAAACCCCAACACCAGCUCCACGCAAGCGUAUCUCACAUUUAACGUUCCCGAAACACGACGACAGAACAGAUACGGCCUAGGAUUCGCAUACGAUCCCGAGCUCAAUAUCGUCGUCGGUGCGAGCACCGACUUCCACAAAGGCCACCGCGUGAAUCUGUGGGACGCGAGUACGGGACAGUUCCUGCAGAGCCCGCUGUUCGACCAUACUUUUGAGCAGCCCGUCACAUGUGCGCAGGUCGUUGACCUGAGGCCCCAGGCGAAGAGUAUCCUGCUGGCGUCUAACGGGGCCGUACAGGAGUGG